GGCGCCGCAGUAGCUGCGCCCAGGCGCAUUACAGCACAAUACAGACUGUAGUCGCAGAUGAACAGCAAUUACUGCUAUCCAAUUGACUACCGCAACUCGUGGUGGUUGGCUGAGGAUCAAGCGAGCGAAUUCUACGGAUAAGUGAACGGAGUGACGACAAAAUGGCGCUGGGGGUCGGUGUGAGUUUUGUUCGAUUAGGUGUUCGUGAUUCAUUGUAACUCAGUCAGCAUCGUUGUCUUAAAUGGGCGAAGUUGCGUAGAGAAGAAAAAUUCGUUAGUUAGUAAUUAUAGUUACGGUUUGCAGGUGCAUUAGGAAAUAGAAUUCGUAGAUUAGGAGAGCCAAAUAAUUGUAAGCAGUACGAUACCCAUCGUGUGCGUCGUGCUGGUGAAUGUAAGUGUGUAUGGAAAUGCGAGUCUCUCUGUUUGUAAUAGCCCGUAGCAGUCGAAGUGGACGUAAGCAAUAUUCGUUUCAUUAACAAACAAUUUACUAACGGAGACAAGUGAGAACACCUAAAAACUCGUGCAUCGGUAGUAAUGUUGCUGCUGGAUGCUGCUACAGCUGGGGGUCCGUAAUGCCAGCUGUCGGCACCUUUGUCGCUAGCAAAUCGCGGUCGUAACUAUACCUCUUCGUUCAUACAUUGGGCGUCACCACUAGUUGCUAGCACAUUGAACUUUUAUUAGAAGAGGGAGGAAGAAAGAAACGAGAAUUGAAUUGGAGAUGCAGAAUUGAGCAGCAGUAGCUCGUAUCUGAAGCACACUCAGGUGAACGUAAACGAUCCAACUUUCUCAUCCUAAUUAAUUAACAAAUUUUAUAUGCUUGUUCGAACAACAACAACGUUGACGAUAAUAACCAGUCGUAAAUCGGAAUGAAGUACUGUAACAAGCCUGGUACAGUUGCUGAAGGGAAAAUAAACAAAGCUGUAAAUAGGGUUUUUUGGAUAGAAAAAGAAAGACGAAAUAGUCUUUUUUUACUCAGGUUUGGGAGAUCUAUGCUGUCUCUUGUCGAUUAGAGAUUGUGCUGCAAACAUAUCUGAACAUAACUAUUCAAGGGAGACUCGCUACAUGCGAGAGGAAUUAGGGCGUCUCGCAAUAUGUUUCGCGGACGAUUGUGUGUGUAUGUGUGAAAGUUGGGUGUAUGGUACGCAAAACGCAGAAUAACAACAGUAAAAACGGUUGUCAGCGUACGCCCAUAUCCUGUUGUUGCUGGCCUUCUGGGCAGCACUUUAUAUAAUAAAGACGAUACGGAAGAGUCUAUGGACACGCAGCAGGAGCAAGCUUUCCGUCAUUCGAUGAAAAUAAGCAACCCUGUGAUAUAGAGCAAAAAGCCUUUGUUAACAUGCUUCGAAGCGCGAAACGUUCUUCGGUGCCUAGCGGCACAUCAGGUGGAAACGGCCCGGAAGAGGUGCGCAAGCAUAAGAUCUACGAACUGAAGGAUCGUUGUCCUGGCAUUCAGGAACGUGUCCCUGAGUCGGAGUUCACCUUAGCUUUCAGCUGCGCCGGGAUCGAGUAUCAGCUAUUCAUUAAUUUGCCACCGAAUUUUCCCUUCGAAGGGCCAACGCUGUCAGUUCGACCUGCGGCAGAACAUCCCCUACUGGACGAUACUUCUACAGUUUGUGGACUGGCUGAUUUGACAGCUUUCUCAAUUCACGCUUCCUUACCUGACAUAAUUCAGCAAGUCCUUUCUGAUUUUAUCACCAGACCGCUACUUAAACGGCCAGAGCCUGCUUCGUUUUCUCCAGCUGUCGGGAGCGUCACCGCAUCUGGCGCAAGACCAAAGACGACGAUGUAUAUGAACGGUAGCCUUCCUUCAGGCAAUUCGUCUGGUGGCGUCCAUUUGCGUUCAAGUUCAAUCUACGCACAGGUAAACGCCCUUUCGAUUGAUGACCUUCGAGACUGGUCAUCCGACGAGUUGAAGAUCAAAGAGUUCGCCGAGGAUCUACCGCAUGUUUGUGAGCGGAAGGAAGCUAUUCGACAUCUCAUCGAGUCCAACGAAGCAGUGGCCAAAACAAAUCUAUCAGUAAAGAAUGACUUGGACAAGAAACGAGGUGAGGUACUAUCGCUCUACGAGGAGUUGACUCAACACAGAAAUGAGUUUGAUGCGCGGCAGCAGAAGUUUCAUCUGCUCGAGCGAUCCUAUGCUCCAGAGACAAUUAAAAACGAACUCGCCAAGGGUGCUCGGGAGGCUGAAAAAGAGAGUGACGAAAUCGCGCAGCAGUUUUUAAACAAGGAGCUCAGCGUUGACGAAUUCUUGAAACGCUUCAUGAAGACUCGGACGCUAAGUCACGAACGAAGCGCCAAGGCGGAACGACUUCAGCUCCAGUUAGAAGCUCUGCAUAGGGCCGGGUUUUAAAUCGUAACAAGCCAGCUAUUGCUAUUAACGUAAUUCUUAGAUGAUGAUGAUGAUAAAUAUUCACAUGUAUUUGCGCAAAAGCAGGUAACUGGAAAAGGGGAAGAUUAAAGCUCCAGUAGAUCUUGAAUCAUCACCAUCUCUGGAUAUCUACGGGUGCGCUAGAUAGUGUAAAAGAAACGUGUCAGAGAUACAUUUAGGCAAAACCAUUUCCUAUUAUAGAAAUAGAGACAUCUAUUAAGAAACCGUUGGUGACGAAGGGCGGCGUCAUGAUCAUGAAGAUGCCUAAUAAUCUUCUUUCUAGAAGUAUGCGAAUCGUUUACGAAGAGAAACCAAUAAGUUAGCUACUGCAGAGAGCGACGAUAAUAUACAAAGCGUCUGUACAUAUUUUUGUAAUAUAAACAAUAGAGGCAGAUGAUCAGCAGCUAAAAGUAUAACACCGAGGCCGGAGCACCAUUGUGAACGGCAUCGUUGUCACCAUCGAACGCGACUCAGUAAAAACAAGAGCUGUUCUAUAUAUAUAUAUAUAUAAUAUUGCCUACGCGGGGGUCUGGACGGCUAAGCCCUUAGUUAAAAAACACCGAGGAUCAAGUUCCGCCAAUGACACAUAACUACGCAACCUGUGUAAAUAUAUAUACAAGAGAAGAAGAAAGCUUUGUAUGAAUGUGAUUUUCUGACUGUUUAUUAUGCAUGAAUAAGGUGAAGCCGAUUUAAAUUCAAGUUAUAGCCGAAUAUCGGAGAAAGCACGCCAUUAUAUGUUAAGCAUCGUGUUAGUAUAAUAAUACAUGGCAAGUCGCUGGGGGCGACAUGAUCUGGGUGCCUUAUGCGAAGUGUGUUACCGUGCUAACCAUAACAAACAAACAUGCUCCCACACUGAUUCAUGUUUUAACCAAAAAUGAUCAUCUCAAAGUAAUAAUCAGAAAUAUGAGGAAUUGAUAUUAUCAAGGCCAAUAGCUGUUUGUAUGGUUGCCUUGCCAUCUCAUAGAAUACCCCAAAUAAAGCCUACCCCGUUUAGACCUCUAACUGAAGACAGGUCUUUGAUGCCGUGUCUGAAAGAAGUAAUUCUGAGGACUUGUCUAUAAAAAAGAAGAAAAAAGAAAAAAAGUGUCAAAUAAAAACCUAAAAAAUGAGAACGACUCGAUGCGAUGGUGGGAGCAUAUUUAGACCACGUGGGCCGAGCACAGCUUGAAUAUUUCGUCACGAUUGGUCUGAGUCUGGAUACCAACCCAACUCUAUAGCAUAGUAUUAAAUAAAGGGCAUUGAAAGAGAUAUUUGCGACAAUGGACUUCGUCAUGUGAUUGAAUAGACGACCUGAUUCUUUUGAUCUUCAAAUGUAGCUUACUUACAGCUUUUUCUUCAUUGCCUACCUAUCCGUUUCGGUUCUUUUAAUACGCUCUAUAGAGUACUGACUACACAAAAUAGCGUACGACAGGCAGUAGCUAUCGACCGUGUUCAUUACCUGGUGAUUUACAUGCAUUACUACUAAGUCCAAAACAAGAGCAAACACAUCUCUCCAGCCUUCGGUAGUGGUUCGCAUUCUGUCUAAGACGGUGAUUUGCACAAACAGGUCCCUGCUUAGUGUACACUGCCACGGCUGGACAUACAUCCUUUUUUGAUCGUUCGUUUGUACUAUUGCUAGAAGCACAGAGAAAUCAGCCGGCGCUAUUUGAGAGCAGACGAAUGUCCAAUAGAAUAAGAAAUUCUGUAAUUGAAUGAAGUUACAUGUUAAGGCGAUACGGUAAACGUAUGGAAACUCUACCCGCAAAUCGAGAUAUUGUCAACAUUCGAUUAACUUCAACAAUUUACAACAGUUACCUAAAAGUCUAAAUCGGUACGCUUUCUACUUAAUAGGGAUACAGAAGAUCUGAACACUAAAAGAAUGAACGUAGUUUACUGUCGUAUCUCGCGUGAUCGAUUGAGGUGAUGUAAAAGACGUGUGAAUUGAUCAGGUUUAUCUUACUCUCAUUGCGUGUCGUGUAAGUAUCACUCUGCAAAGCUUCAUUUGAGCCUGUACAUAUACAUGGAUCAGUGACGACUGGCACAAAAGGAUUUGAUUUUUUUCCAUAUAGACGAGGAGGCUACUCAACUUGCGUGAUAGUAGAAUACCACCUUCGGUCAAUUUAAGUUUUAUUGUUAGCCCCGGUUACAUUUUUCCGCUAUGUAUCUUCCCUAGAUUAUUUUUCUCAUCGACAAAACACACCAGUUUUCAGAACAGUACAGAUGUCUAACACAUGUCCACGCAUUCCCAAACUUCGAUAUUUAAUAUGGCUAGAUCAUCUUGUACAGACAUAAAAGACAAGUCGCGAGGCAGAGAAUAGAUAAGCAGAUUUAUUUGCUAUUGCUGUUAUAUCAUUGCUCCAUUUUGACACUACCGUAGUAAUAUAUAAAACAGUUUGAAUGUUCCUAUUCAAUGUAUAUAUGUAUAAUUUCUGGAGUGUCGAAAUGAGAUCUCUUAGGUCGCUGAAUAAAUAUUCACUACUAGAUAAUUUGCUAAUUAUAUUUAGUGCAGGUACCAACCUAAGUCUACUGCAUCUUAUCAGAAAAAAGACAUUAAAAGAUAUUUGCAACCUGCAUAGCUGAUCUUCGGGGCUUGUUUAAAGUUUACACAUCAUUUAGCAACAAUACGGACGUGGCGUAGGUUUUGUCAAAGACAAAGAUUCCCUCUUCAGAAAAAUAAGGCGUUGUUAUUUGUAUUACUGUAAAGUGCUAAGAUGUAACUAGAUAUCUUUGGUUUAUAGACUAAGUUAAAGGAUCCUUAAACUAGUUUUGAGUUCAGAACUAUUGUUAGUAUUCUCACUGAUAAUAGAGAGCUGUUCCGUGGUACCAGACAGCUGCUUCCGUAUCGGGGCAAACACAGUGUCACAUUCAGAGGUGGUCAAGUAUUUUUGUUUUGUUAGGGCUAAAAUUUCUACGUUCAUUAACUAAUAGAGCCAUCGAAAUAAAAAGUCAAAGGCUUAAUUAGCAGUUGAACGUAUGAUCGCAAAGCAUCUGUUUGCAUAGACAUACGUUCCGACUGCAAGAAGU